AUGCCCAGACAGCUGCCAUGGCUCAAAGACGGCAGCGCAUCCGCGGCCGAGAAGAAGACCCUAAAGCUCACCAAGAGACAACGAUUGCAGACUCCCGACCUUGACGAGGACAACACCACGGGCGUUUCAACACCGCAGCGCAAGAGGAGGGUUAAUGCCAAUAGAACGCCCUCCAGCUCGCCUCCUCCAUCACCGCCGCGCGAAGAGUUCAUGAGAGAAGGACUGGCCGCAGAUGACAUCUGGAUAAUGGUGGAGGAUGAGUUCCUCGAGACGGCAAAGCUCUUCACGCAACACCUCCACCACGCGGAAUACAAGCGCUUGAAAGACCUGGCCAAGGCGCAGAACGCGACUGCGAUUAGCAACCUCUCACGACCUGUGGAUGGGAGAACACCGCUAGGUGGGGAGGCCAAGCGGCGCGCUGAAGCUGAGGCGCGGCUGAGCGCGCAAAGGGCUGCUGUUCGAGGAGUGACUGGGCGGAAUUCUGAAGACGAAGAUGAUGCGCCGUACAUGCGCGAUCCGUGCCUGGCGGGCCUCAUGAUGGGGCAAAGUGAUACAGUAGCUUCUCUGGCAAGCUUGACGGGUUCCAAAUCAAAUACGAGAGCAGCUGCGGGGUACUCGAAGACACGGCCGCCCUCGCCUCGACGGGCCAGUCGUCAACAGCGAGAUCAGGAGCCGGUACAGCGCAAGCCUCACGACGACCCUGUUGCAAAACCCAGAAUGAUUUCGCCAGUACCUUCGGAAGCGGAUGAGGACGAUCUAGAUGCUCCGUCUCGUCUGCGCACAAGUCAUGCAAGUUCAGUAGGGCAAGCCACUCUGGCAGGUGCAAAUAAGGACGCCAUGCGUAGUGCACAGGCAAAGCGACCGCCGGACAAAACGGGUUCAGCACUUGGCGACAAUCGUUUCAAAUUGAAGGCUGACGUUACUGGAGAAAGCACUGUUCCAACAUCCUUAAGCAGACGCUCUCUGUCAACGGCCGGGCAGUCAGCUGGUCAAUCGAGUACGAGCAAGGUCAACGAUGGGUUAGAUGCCUUUGUGCUUCCCAAGCGGCAUACUCUUCCUUCUGGUAUCGCGCAGCGCAUGGCGAAGCGGAAGGCUGAACUCGCGCAGCAGAAGAACGACGACACGCGGAAGUCUAUGUCGUUGAGUGAGAUACCCACAUUUUUAGUUUGA